UAAAAUUUAUCUGAUAAGCGCAGGUCCCCGAAGAUUUAUUAUGGCCGUCAACGCGAAAUUUUCUUCAGUCUUGACCUGAUCUUCACUUAGUUUUAACCUUUUGAUCUCUACUCAAACACCAAACAGAAUGUCUGACGCAGAAUUCCAAAAGGUAGCUGAAGCCGUAAGGAACUGGAAGACCAGGCCCUCGGACAACGAGAACUUGGCCAUGUACUCGCUUUACAAGCAGGCUACCGUCGGUGACGUCAACAUCUCUGCACCCGGUGUAACAGACGUCGUAGCCAGCGCUAAAUUCAAGGCGUGGUCUGACCGCAAGGGAAUUUCCAAGGACGACGCUAAGAAACAAUACAUCGACUUGGCUGCUCAACUGUCACCAAAAUACGCUUAAAUUUAACUUUAGUUAUAAAUUAUUUUUAUUUUAUGUGUGUUCUCUUUUGGCAUAUGAAUGGAUUGUGAAUAAAAUUUUGUCGUUUUUUGUA